GUUGUAAUAGUAAUAAAAAAUAAUAAUUGUAUUUUAGAAUAAAAUAAAAAAAAAAUUAAAAAAAAUAAAAAAAUAAAAAAUAAAAUUUUUUUUUUAAAAUUUUUGUAGUUUUAUAAAAAAUCCUAAAUCAAAUAAUUUGCACUUUAUCAUAAUCAUAUCAAAAAAAAAAAAACAAAACACUUUUUUAUUUUUUUUAUUUCACAACAAAAUCACCGAGAUAAUAUCUAUAUUUUUUUCUUUAUCUCAACUUUGUAUCUUUUUUAUAUAUACCACCAAUAUUCAAAAGUUUAUUUAUACUAAAAUCAUACAUUAUAAAUAAAGUUAUAUUAUUGUUAUUUUUUCCAUUUAUUUCAAUUAAUAAAAGGGUUUUUUGAAAACAAUAUCAGACAAAUCCUUUUUUUGUAAAUCACUUGUACAACAAAACACCCCCUUUUUUUUUUUUAUAAAAAAUAGUAUCAUCUCUUUCUAAUCCUUUAGAAAUUUUUUAUUAUUUUUUAUUUUAAAAUUUUUUUAUUAUUUUAUAUCACAAAAAAUUUCAUAUUUAAAUUUGGAAUUUUAUUUCAAUAAAAUUUUUUCAAUUGAAUCAUUAAAUUUAUAUAAAUCAAAUCAUCAUUAAAAUCAAAUUAAUAAAAUAAAUAAAUAUAUAAAUUAAUUUAAAUAAAAAAUGGUAAAGACGGAAAGAAAAAAAGAUUUAUUAGAACAAUUUCAAUAUGAAAAAAUUAAAGGCGAUGUUUCAUAUUCAUCAUUAAUGAAGAAAACUGGUAGUAAUGGUAAAGGAUUUUUAGAUCGUUAUUUUUUACUUCACAGAAAUUAUGUAAUUUACUAUAAACCAGGCAAAGGUAAUAUCAAGCCAGAUGAUAAACAGGAACCUCAAGGUUAUAUUAAUUUAAAGGAAUGUAUCUACGAAGACACUAAAGAACAAAAAGAACCUCUUCAAUUUCAAAUCGCCCACAAACAUAGAAUAUAUAUUAUUAAAGCAAAAGAUGAUAGUACAAAAAAUCAAUUUUUAACUCUCUUAAAGACAAGAAUCAAAGCUUUAUCAUUGAUCAAUGUCGAUCAAUUGGGCUCACCAGAAAAAGUUCAAAUUGAAAUUAAUGAAUAUAAAGAAAAAUUACCAAAUCCUUUAAUUUUACCAGAUAGAGUUUCACCAGAUAAGGCCAAGGAUUGGGUAAAUGAAAUGAGAAACUACAAUAUAAUUUUUCAAAAAGCAGAUCCACAUAUAAAACAAGUAGAGCAAUUCUCAGAAUAUUGUAAAGAUGGUGUUAAGGAUUAUGUCGAUUGGUUUUCAGGUCCUGAAGGUCCAAGACUUGCAAUGAUUAGAUGUGAAGAAACAGUUUUAACAAAUUGGGUCGAAUAUAUUACCAAAACCAAGAAUGAAAUUGCAAGUUAUGAAGAUACUAGAUACUUUAAAGAGGAUUACAGUGACAUCACCAAGCAUUUAAAAAAUAUGCUUUUACUUAUUGAGGCCUAUCAUGACUACAUGAGAACUUGUAGAAAGAAUACUAAACCAACCGACAGAUUCCUCGAAGAAAAGGCACUUUUCGAUGACUAUAUUACAAAGUACAGCCGAAUUCAGUCUUGUAUGGAUUUCAAAUUAGAUGACGAUUUAGUUGAAGGUGUUUCUACAAUUACAUGCAUAGGAGAAAAGAAAACUGGUCCAAAUAAUUCAGUAAUCGGUUUAUCAUCAUCAAACUCAUCAAUUUGUUCAAAUAAAAUGUCAUUUUUUGCAUCCAAUCAAGAUGGUAAUUACCCAACUGUAGACUUGAUGAAUUUAAACUCUGACUCGAUGCCUUUUAUUCCAGACACCUCGUCAGAGCAAGGCAAUAGAAAAUAUGACUCGGAGGACGAAAAACAACCAGAUGAAGCUUCAACAGCACCAUCACAAUCAUCUCUUGGCACCCUUGAAAAGUGGGAGUAUUCAAAUAAUUCACUUAUUAAACCAGAUAAUGGAAGAGAAGAGGUUGAAAACAAUAAUGGCAAUGGAUCAUCAUUAAACUUUGACCCACGUUGGGACUAUUCAAAUGGUUACUUUAAGAGUAAAAAUAUGGGUGUAGUACUUUGGAAUGGUAAAAGUUGGGUUUGGUCUCAUAUAAAAACAAGUUAUAAAAUUCGUUUCGAUUGGAUUGCGGCCAGUCAAACUUUCACAUUCGUAUCACCAAAGCCAAGAACUGGUCUUAGUCUUUCAGUUUCAAGUCAAAGUAAUUCAUCAACCUCUUCAUUAUCAUCUUUAACCGGUAGCAAUGCCACAAAAAAAUCUAAUCAUCCAGCCACAAUUUACCCAGAUUGGCAAAUUAAAGAUAACGGUUCCUCAUUAAUUUCUAUUGUCAGUCCAAAUAAAAAUCAAACAACAGACAAUUUCUCACAUCUUGAAUCAAAUAAUAAAAUUCCACCUGCCGUUUUACUUUUGGUUGCUAUGACCCCACAUAUUCAAAAAUCUUUAUAUCAUAUUGGUAUCGGUCCAAAAUAUAUUACCAAUAAUUAAAAAAUCAAUGUAAAAAAUUUUGUAAAUAAUUAAUAAUAUGUAAUAUUGUAAUAAUUAAUAAAUAAAAAAAAUAAAAAAAGUUAAUUAUAACUUGUUAAUCGAAU